AUGGCCGAAGAACCCAUCAAUUCACCGCUAGAGUCACCUCAGCCGCAAGAAGAGCCGCCUCAGACGCCUCAGCCGUCGGCAGAAAUUACCCCAACACCUCUGCCGCAACCAGAGCUGGAGGAUCAACCGAAAAAGCCCAAAAGACUAACUUUGCAAGAACGAUUGGCUCUCGCGGCAAAAAAGAAGAAAAGACAAGCAGCUGAAAGAGAAAGCGUACGUGAGAGUCCCAAGCCUGAAGACCAAAGUGCGGAAGAGCCCAAAGAGGACAAUGAACGUCUGGAGGAUGAGGUGAGUGCGUUGAACAAGGAGCUCGAGAAGCUACGAGUCCGUAGCGCUGCAUUGACCGAAGAAAAUAGGCAAUUGAAAGCAUGUAUCUCCAAAAACGUUGAAAGCCAGGAUGUGCUGAAAAAAUUGGCCGAUAAGGAUGCGGUGAUCAAGCAGCUCAUGGAGGAGGGACAGGCGCUUUCGGCAAAGGAAAUCAAACUCCACGAAAAAGUGAGAGCUAUGGCUGCUCAAAACGCCAAGCUAGAGAACUCUCUCAAAGAGUACUCCCAGAAAAACCAGGACACGCUCUUGAGGCUCGAAGAAGUGGAAAACAUCAUGAAGACGCACAAACUCAAGUCAGUAACCCAGCUUCUAGAGAUGCUCGAGGACAAUAACCAAAAACUCUCAGCGGCGCAACUGGCACUUGAGGUAGAAAAAGUGAAAAACUGGGAGGCCAAGUAUAAAGAGUCGCAGAAGCAGUACGAGCUCGAACUUCAGGAAAAGAGAAAUGCCAACAAGGAACUCAAUGAGUUGAAGAUCCAGCUACAAAUGACGCAGAACCAGCUGGCUUUGGACGUGAAGCUGCGUGAUGACACUAUUAAUCUGCUUAAGGAAGAGAUCUGGACCUUGAAGGAGGAAAGCGGUGCCGAAAUCUCCCGCUUGGAGUCCAAGAUCGAAGCUCUUCGUCUGGAAAAUGAGGGUUUCAUGAAAAUGCUGAUGUUGGAUACUGAUAGCGAGAUCAAGUCAUCCACGGAGGCAGAGUCUAAGCAUAUUGCGUACUCGGAGUAUGCUAAGUUAUCAGAGGCACAUAAAAAUCUCCAGCAACAGUACGUAUCCUCACAGAAAAAUUGGAAGCUUAUAGAGUCACAGCUUCUCAGCAAGCUGGAGGCACUUGAAGAGCUGUCGAGCUCACUCAAAAAGGGAAACAUUAAGGCCCAGAACGAGAUCCGUCGUCUCAAUUCUCAAAUAUUGACCCUCAAAGAAGAAGGGGAGAGACUUUCGCAGCGCAUUGGUGAAUUGGAAUCCGCUAACAGCGAUCUACAGUUUCAAAUUUCUGUCAAAGAAGAAGAGCUUCGAGAUACCGAGGCUAAAAAGGAGGAGCUCACGACGAUUUUCAAUGCAGACAGACACAACACCGAGGUGCAAGAGAACAAGCUCAAGGAGAAAAUCGAAAGUCUUGAAGAGCAGAUUCAAGUGCUUAGAGAAACUAGUCUUGGAGGUGGCAAAAGUGUUGACUCGUUUGCCCAGUUGCAAUCAAGAAAACUCAGGGACUCUGGUCUCCAUAUCAACAUGGAACACCACAACAGGGGCCACUCGGCAAGCCUGGUGCCUACAAUCAUGGAGGGUGAUCUGCUGACGCCAGCUGCUUUUGGCAACUCAUUCGAUCAGAGCAACCUCUCUCAUCAGAAUCUUCUGGCAGUGUCUCUUGCCGAUGACCUUGAAUCUUUCGAAGCCACCGAAGGUGUGCCUGCUCCAGACGAUGAGCUGGUUUACUGGAGAAACUCCGUUGACCGAUCAGGAAUCCCAGCAUCCCAGGGUGGAAAGAAUAUCCAGCUCUUGAGCAAGAUGAGUGGCAGUAUCAGACGAUUGAAGUUGGAGGUGCUCACACUCAAGGAGGAGAACGCAAAGCUCUCCGAGGAAAUAAAUGAGGCGCAACAAGAGAUUCUUGAAAAGCAAGAUUUACAAACAAAGCUUGAAACCGUGGAAAGUGAGCUACAGAAGUUGCAGAAAACUCUAGACGAGAAGGUUGAGCGGGAAACAACGCUCUUAGAAGUGAUUGGAGAGAAGUCCGAGCGAGUGGAGGAGCUUAAGGCCGAUGUGGCGGAUUUGAAGGAUCUUUGUAGGCAACAAGUGCAGCAGAUGAUCGAAAUGGCGGAAAAGAAGUGA